UCACUUCCUGGUGUUGUACUAAAUACAUUCCCUCAUCUUCCGGUCGGUUUGUUGUGAGGCGUGUGGGCGUGAAGAUUUAUAAAGCCGUCAUUUACCUGCAUUACCUGCAGUUUUUGGCUGGCGAUGGAUAUAGACGCUGAGCGGGAGAAAAUCCGUCAGGAAAUAGAAGAACUGGAGAGGAACCUGGGCCCCGGCCUGCAAAACGUCGAUCUAAAUGGAUCCAAUUCCAGCCUUGAAUCUGAGGAUGAAGGCAGCUCUGACGACAGCAAGGAUUUGGAUGCCCAGGUUGAGAUGGAGGUGGAUCAGAAGAGCCCUCUCAUGGAAGGCGAGAGCGAAGCCAUCCUCCAUAUCCCUCAGACGCCGGAGACUUGCCUCCAGAUGAACCUGGUCUAUCAGGCAGUUCUUCAGGAAAAACUGGAAGAAGUCCGCCAGCUUCUCGCCCAAAACAAGGACCAGCAGGAGAAACUGACCUGGAAUCUUUCCGAGAAGAGGGUCGCCAAGUCGGGGGCCGGGAAGCCCUUGCCGGCCAACUUGUACCUGGGCCAUUUCAUGAAGCCUUACUUCAAGGACGCAUCGUCGGGGGUCGGCCCUCCUGCCAACAGCGACAAGCGGGACAAGGCCAAGCAAGGCAUCAAGGGAUUUGAGGAGUUGCGCACCGUCACAUGGAAGAGCCGGGAGAAGCAGCUGCUGCGCGAGUCGGUGCUCAGCGACCGUUUGCAACAUCUGCUGCAGCCAAAGCUCUUGAGCCUCAACUACCUGAACGAGAAACUGACGAAAUCCCGUGACGAAGUGGAGCGGCAAAUUUUGGAAAAGCAGAUCAAAGAGAAAGCGGAUGAAAUCGCAGAGAUCAACCUCCUUCCAGAAGAGUAUCUGCUGGCAAACCGGUUUGAGGAGCACGACUGGGAGAAGAUUGCCAACGUCAACUUUGACGGGACCCGGAGCGCGAAGGAGCUGCAGAGGUUCUGGCAGAACUCGGAGCACCCCGACAUCAACCGGAAGGAGUGGAGCCCGGAGGAAACCGAAGCCCUGAAGGAGAUCGCCACUCGACGCAAUGGUUUUGACUGGGCAGCCAUCGCUCAGGAGCUGGGGACGCAGCGCACGGCCUUCCAGUGUCUGCAGAAGUUCCAAACCUACAAUAAGGACCUAAAGAAGCGGGAAUGGACCCCGGAAGAGGACCAGAUGCUGCUGCAGAUGGUGCGGGAGAUGCGGGUCGGGAAGCACAUCCCCUACCGGAAAAUCGCCUACUACAUGGAGGGCAGGGACCCGGCCCAGUUGAUCUACCGAUGGACCAAGCGGGUGGACCCCAAGCUGAAGCACGGCCCCUGGACCCCCAAGGAAGAUGCCUUGCUCCUGAAGGCGGUGGGCAAAUUCGGGGAGCGGGACUGGUACAAGAUCCGGGCCGAGGUCCCCGGGAGGAGCGACCAGCAGUGCCGAGAGAGGUAUUUGAAUUCCCUCAAUUUUGAUAUUAAGAAAGGCAAAUGGAGCGAGGAAGAAGAAAAGAAAUUGGUGGAGUUGACAGAAAAAUAUGGCGUGGGUCAUUGGGCGAAAAUAGCCUCUGAAUUGCCCCAUCGGUCGGGAACUCAGUGUCUCAGCAAAUGGAAAGUGCUUUUAGGAUACAAGAGGAAGCAAACGCAGAAGAGGAGGAGGAGGAAGGCCGCCCCACGGAAGCGGGUCCCGAGGGUCAUCGACAGGCCUUUGGAGUCGUCCAGCGACACUUCGGACCUCGAUCCGGACUCGGAAAGCGAAGAGGAGGACGAGGACAAGGGACGCAAGGAGGAGAAGGACAAGAGGCCUUGGCGGGUGCCGGACCUUGACUUGUGGGUCCCGACCAGGAAGGGGGGAGACCAAAAGACGGGCUCCCCACAACAGACGGCCAAACGCGCAAAUGAUUCCUGGAAAGUUUCCUUGGACUUUGUUAAAAAUGUAUUGCGAAGAAAUACCAAUGAGAUGCAUAGGAGGAAUAGAGAGAUCCGACGGAGGAAGCGUUUCUCGGCCUCGGACCCCCACGGCCCGUUCCGGCCACACGUGCCCCCCGGACGGAGGAUCGGGCCCUGGCGGACCUCGCUCCACCGGCGGCUGUUGUUGGCCGUCAGCUCGUGGGCCAAGGGGCGGGUCCAGGAGCGGGUGAUGCAGGCCCAGCAGGAGGCGGGCACCACCACCAAAGUGGAAUUCAUCUCCAGAGCCCUGAAAUCGGUCCGUCUCCCCAGCAGCACCCCUUUGUUCACCCUCUUCAUCCAGCUGUUGCACAUCGAUGCCAGCGGCUGCAUGAAGGUCAUCCAGAAGCAAAAAAGCCGGCCGACGGAGAAAAGACAGACCGAGCAGGUUUCUUCGACAGCCCUUCCUUGCCGUCUGGCUGGAAAAUCCCGGACCGUGUCCGAACUCCUCCGGGAGAAGCGGCUCAGGGCGGCCCAAGCCCAGAAGGCCCAGCAGAAGCAGCAAGGCCUGGCCCUCCUGGCCCCAAAGAUCCUCCUCCGGCCCCAGAUCCCAGCGCCGAAUCUCCAGAUCUCAAUGACGGGGCGUCCCAAUCCUGGUGUCCAGGUCCCAGUGGCGGGGUGUCCCAGUCCAGCGCCGAAUCUCCAAAUCCUGGCACCAAAUCUCCAGACCCCGAGGGUGGAUUGUUCCAGUCCGAAUCUCCAAAUCCCGACUCCGAAUCUCCAGACCCCGAGGGUGGAUUGUUCCAGUCCGAAUCUCCAAAUCCCGACUCCGAAUCUCCAGACCCCGAGGGUGGAUUGUUCCAGUCCGAAUCUCCAAAUCCCGACUCCGAAUCUCCAGACCCCGAGGGUGGAUUGUUCCAGUCCGAAUCUCCAAAUCCCGACUCCGAAUCUCCAGACCCCGAGGGUGGAUUGUUCCAGUCCGAAUCUCCAAAUCCCGACUCCGAAUCUCCAGACCCCGAGGGUGGAUUGUUCCAGUCCGAAUAUCCAAAUCCCAACGCUGAAUCUCCAGACCCCGAGGGUGGAGUGUUCCAGUCCGAAUCUCCAAAUCCCGACUCCGAAUCUCCAGACCCCGAGGGUGGAUUGUUCCAGUCCGAAUAUCCAAAUCCCAACGCUGAAUCUCCAGAUCCCGAGAGUGGAGUGUUCCAGUCCGAAUCUCCAGAUCCCAACGCCAAAUCUCCAGACCCCGAGGGUGGAGUGUUCCAGUCCGAAUCUCCAAAUCCCAACGCCAAAUCUCCAGACCCCGAGAGUGGAGUGUUCCAGUCCGAAUCUCCAAAUCCCAACGCCAAAUCUCCAGAUCCCGAGGGUGGAGUGUUCCAGUCCGAAUCUCCCAAUCCCGACGCCGAAUCUCCAGACCCCGAGAGUGGAGUGUUCCAGUCCGAAUCUCCCAAUGCCAACGGCGGAGCGACUCAAUCUCCAUAUCGCUCUAAACCCCACUGCCCCGGGAACGCCUUCCUCGGACCCCGCACCACCCAUGACCCUGACCCUGACCUGGAUCCUGACCCCGCAAGGCCUGCUCCCGGUGGUGCGCCUCCCCGGCCAAACCGCCGACCCCGCAACCUGUCCCCCGAAGCAGGCGCCGGUCGCGUCUACACAAGUCCCCACUUCCGGCGAUGUUGUGAGUGAACCCCACAACGCCGUUGUUCCUUCUGAAGCUGCGCCGAGUCGUCCUGUUUUGGGGGACCCCCCCGAGAAGGCCCCCCUGGAUUACCGCCUCCUUUCCACCGAAGACCCCGCCGCGGCGAAGCAGUGGUUGCAAGGGGAAGGGGGCUCCUCGGGGUUGCCCUAUUUGCCCCCGUUCCUCUGCAACCUCCGGACCCUGUCCACGCUGCUGCGCCACAAAGAGGCCUUGUUGUCCCAAGCCACCUCGCUCCGGGUGCCGGAAGGAUCGGGCGCAACGGGGCUCCGGACGCUGGUGCAGCAACGACUGUGGGGGAACCCGGCCUACGACCUGCUCAAGGCCCGAUUCUUGGCCGCUUUCACUUUCCCGGCCGCCUUGGCAGCACUGCCCCCCUUCCGGGUGAGCACCACCAUUUCCAGGGUGGGUCUGGACCCGUCUUCGGAGGAAGAAGAUGAUGACGACAACGACAUGGAGGUUGAGAGAGAGCCCCACGACACAGCAAGGGACGGCCCCGGAGAGGCAGCCAAUGGCCACGAAAGCCCGACGGAGAUGGAGGUGGAAGAGACAGCCCCGGAAGUCCAGGAGUCCGGUGUUGAGGGUUCGAAUCCAAAACCUUCGAAUCCAGAGCCUUUCGCGCUUCGUAGAAGUUCCCGUGUCCCAAAAAGGAAGAAACAACCCUGAAAGACCAGGCUUGUUCCUCUUUUUUUCUUUCUUUCUUUCUUUCUUUCUUUUCUUCUUCCUUCCUUCCGCCUUUCAUGGAGGUUUGAAAGGAAGCAGAGCCUCGGAGGAGACGCAGAGCCUCGGUUAGUAGAUGUUUAUUAUUCUGAAAAUUAAGAGUUGUUAUUAUCAUGUGUUCCGGAAGCAUUCUCUCCUGACGUUUCUCCCACAUCUAGGCAGGCAUUCUCAGAGUUUGCGAGGUCUGUUUGAGGCAAGUGUGAAUGUUGCCGUUGGCCACCUUGAUUAGCAUUGAAUAGCCUUGCAGCUCAAAGCCGGGCUACUUUCUGCCUGGGGGUAUCCUUGGUUGGGAGUGUUAGCUGGCCCUUAUUAUUCUGAAAAUUAGAGUUGUUAUUCUCAUGUGUUGUCGAAGGCUUUCCGGGCUGUCUGGUCAUGUUCCGGAAGCAUUCUCUCCUGACGUUUCUCCCACAUCUAGGCAGGCAUCCUCAGAGGUUGUGAGGUCUGUUUGAGGCAAGUGUGAAUGUUGCCGUUGGCCACCUUGAUUAGCAUUGAAUAGCCUUGCAGCUCAAAGCCGGGCUGCUUCCUGCCUGGGGGUAUCCUUGGUUGGGAGGUGUUAGCUGGCCCUUAUUAUUCUGAAAAUUAGAGUUGUUAUUAUCAUGUGUUGUCGAAGGCUUUCAUGGCCGGAAUCACUGGGUUGCUGUGAGUUUUCCGGGCUGUCUGGUCAUGUUCCGGAAGCAUUCUCUCCUGACGUUUCUCCCACAUCUAGGCAGGCAUCCUCAGAGUUUGUGAGGUCUGUUUGAGGCAAGUGUGAAUGUUGCCGUUGGCCACCUUGAUUAGCAUGGAAUAGCCUUGCAGCUCAAAGCCGGGCUGCUUCCUGCCUGGGGGUAUCCUUGGUUGGGAGGUGUUAGCUGGCCCUUAUUAUUCUGAAAAUUAGAGUUGUUAUUAUCAUGUGUUGUCGAAGGCUUUCAUGACCGGAAUCACUGGGUUGCUGUGAGUUUUCCGGGCUGUCUGGCCAUGUUCCGGAAGCAUUCUCUCCUGACGUUUCUCCCACAUCUAGGCAGGCAUCCUCAGAGUUUGUGAGGUCUGUUUGAGGCAAGUGUGAAUGUUGCCAUUGGCUACCUUGAUUAGCAUCGAAUAGCUUUGCAGCUCAAAACUGGGCUGCUUCCUGCCUGGGGGUGUCCUUUGUUGGGAGGUGUUAGCUGGCCCUGAUUUUUUCCUGUCUGGAAUUCUCCUGUUUAGAGAGUGUUGUUCUUUAUUUACUGUCCUGAUUUUAGAGAUUUUUUUUAAUACUGGCAGCCAGGUAUUGCUAAUUUUCAUGAUUUCCUCCUUUCUGUUGAAAUUGUCCACGUGUUUAUGGAUUCCAGUGGUUUUUCUAUGUAGUCUGACAUGGUGGUUGUGAGAGUGGUCCAGCAUUCCUGUGUUCUCAAAUAAGAUUCUGUGUCCAGGUUGGUUCAUCAAGUGCUCUGCUGUGGUUUUCCUCCUCCCUCCCUCCCUCUCUUUCUUUCUUUCUUUCUACUUCCACCUUCACUUCCACCUUUCCUUCUACUCCUUCUUUACAAUCUUCCUUCCGUUUGCCUUUCCACCUCAUCCUGCCUAUCUGUCUUUCCUUCCUUCCUCCUUUCCAAUUUCUCUUCCUACUACCUUUCCACCUUCCCUCCGUCUUUCUGUUCUCCCACCCUCCCUCCCUCCGGUUUCCUCUUCCUUCUUUUCCUGUCUUUUUUCCUUCUUUCCUUGCUUCUUUUCCUCCACCUCACUCUCCUUCCUUCCUUCUCCCGACCUCUUCCUCCCUCCCUCCUCCUAUCCUUCCUUCAUUCCUUCUUUCUUUUCCACUACUCUUCCUUUCUUUCUUCACCCUUCCUUCCUUCCUUCCUUCCUUUUCAAUUUCUCUUCCUUCCUUCUUUCCUUCUUUUCCAUUUUCCCUUCCUUCCUUCCUUCUCUUUUUCCUUCCUUUUCUGCAUUCUCUUCUUCCCUCCUCCUAUCUUUUCUUCAUUCCUUCCUUAUUUUCCACUUGCUCUUCCUUUCUUCCUUCCUUUUCCACCUUCUCUUCCUCCCUCCCUCCUUUCCUUCCUUUUAUUCCACUUCCUCUUCCUUCCUUCCUUCUUUCUUUCUUUCCUUCCACCCUUCCUUGUAAUUUCUUUUCCGCUUCCUUUUCUUUUCUUCUUCCUUUGUUUCUUCCUUCCAUUCCGCUUCCUUUCUUCUUUCCUUUCUUCCUUCUUUUCCACCUUCCCUCCCUCCUUUCCUUCCUUCUUUCUUUCCUUGUAACUUCUUUUCCGCUUCCUUUUCUUUCCUUCUUUCCUUAUCUAUUUAUGUUUCCUUCUUUCUUAUCUAUCUUUUCCUUCCACCUUUCCUUUUUUCCUUCCUUCCUAAUUUCUUUCCUUCCUUUCUUCCAUUCCACUUCCCCUUCCUUCCUUCCUUCCUUCCUUCCUUCCUUCCUUCUAUUCCACUUCCUCCUCCUUCCUUCAUUCCUUCCUUUCUCUUCCUUUCUUCUUCUUUUCUUCCUUCCUUCUUCCCUUCCUUCCUUCUUCUAUUCCACUUCCCCUUCCUUCCUUCCUUCCUUCCUUCCUUCUAUUCCACUUCCUCCUCCUUCCUUCAUUCCUUCCUUUCUCUUCCUUCCUUCUUCCCUUCCUUCCUUCUUCUAUUCCACUUCCCCUUCCUUCCUUCCUUCCUUCCUUCCUUCCUUCCUUCCUUCCUUCCUUCCUCCCUCCCUCCCUCCCUCCCUCCCUCCCUUCCUCCUUUCCUUCCUUAUUUUCCACUUCCUCUCUUCCCGUCCCCCCUUCUUUCUUC